AUGUCGAGCUCCGACAGUCGCUUCGUCUUUGACGUCGGCUACGACGCGGAGCUCGUCAUCUGCAUCACUUUGGAGCGGUCUAAGGUGGACACGAGCGGCAGCUCCGCAUCUGGAGGGUCGCCACAACUCCCGCGUAGGUGCAGCACGAACGUCGGACCUGGAUCCUUCCGGCCCGAGCGCAGCUUCGCCAGGAGUGCACAUUCCAUAGACACAGCCCGCUCCGCUCUGCCGGGCCUCCGCACUCUGCUUUGCCUCGCUGCCAUUCCGUUCGCUCCCCUCCCCGUCCGCGCGUUCAUCCACCACCGCGGAGGCAAGCGUGGCGCCCAAGCCGCUGGCAGGCAGCCUGGCAUGGGACCCGCAACCCGACCGAAUAAACGGACGGCAUCUCAUUCUGAUUCUCCCCCACCCCGAUUCCCCCCUCCCCCCUCUCGCGUCCUCGCGACGGCCCCCUUUCCCCACCCCCCCUCCCCACCAAACCAAACGCUCUCCACACAGGGGAACGCACAGGGAAAACCUACCGCCCGCCCCGGGUCCCCGACCGACAUGGCCGCCGCCGGUUCCUCCGCCGCCUCCCUCCAGGCUCCACUCUACCUCAACGACAAGGCGGCGGCCGUGGGCGGCGACCGGGCGGCGGGGGGCUGCGGGGUGUGCGCGAUCUGCCUCGACAAGAUCCCGCUCCAGGAGACGGCGCUCGUCAAGGGCUGCGACCACGCCUACUGUGUCACUUGUAUUCUGAGGUGGGCAUCGUACAAGCAGACACCAGUAUGCCCACAAUGCAAGCACCCGUUUGAGUUCCUCAGUGUACACCGAUCUCUUGAUGGCUGCCUUCAUGACUACAUGUUCGAUGAGAGCGUUUGUCUUCUUUUGAGAGCCACUUGGUUUAAGCCUCUGGUCGUCGAGGCUCACGAUGAGGCUCAGGAGGAAGAAGACAUUUACCGCAGUUACCAAUAUGAUGAUGGCGAUGAGGAUGACCUUUAUGAGGAAUACAUAAGCAGGUCACCGAGCAUUCGAAUUGGCAACAGGAGGUGGGGUGACAAUGGGUACGUCAGAGGGGGCAGGAGAGAGGCCAGGCCAGUAGUGAUCCCUCCUGCUGCUGAUGCUGUUCCAUCCAGGACUCCCAGGAAGAAAGAGGCAUCAGCAUCAGGUUCAGGAUCAGGUUCAGUGUCCAAGGAUGUCGCAGGACGGCGGGCAAGAAGGGCUCAGAAGCGGGAGGCUGCUGACAAGGCGGCUGCAGAGAAGCACCUCAAGCUCCUGCAGAGGUUGGGCCGUGGGAAAACACCUGAAGCGCCGCCUGAAGCACCAGAAUCACUUGAGGUUGGUCCUCCAGAGUCACUCGAGGUUGGUCCUCCAGUGAUCGGGUGAUCCAUCUGCCUCUGUAGAUAACGGUGCUGUGGGGAACGCUGCAGCCCCUGGGAGCCCCUCCAAUAAUUCUCCCGGUGCGAAGAAGAGGAAACCGGGCCUUGUAUCCUGGCAACUUUGUCGCGUUGUACAGAAAUUUAGCUUCGAGUCACUCGUUAGGUCGGUCAUCGGAGCUGCUACCCAGUCUGCUCCAGAUGCAGCGAUGUGGUCGGUCGGUUUAUCCCACACUGAUAGUUGUUUUUAAUUCAAAAAGGUCAUGUUAACUCGUUAGGGGGGCACAAAAAUUGCUUGCUGUGCUGAUUUUCCUGGCAAUGUGGCAAUUCAGGUAGGUUGUUAUAUCCAUCUACCCAAAAUGAAAAUGAAAUGGGGGAACGGAGUCUUACUGUGAA